UUGCUCAGUUUAUUCUCAGUCAGUCGAGUUCAGUUCAAUGCGCAGACGUUUCGUAUACGCAAUGCUAGCUUUUGGCGGCAUUUUGGGCGCUGCUCUUACCAUCUGGUUGGUGAUAUCAUUGGGCACUCAAACCGAUGCAGCCGAAUCAAAACUGACCGUACAAUUAGCCGACGAACAGGGCGCUGUACGCGGCAAUUACGGACAGACUGCAUGGACGGGUCAGAGUUUUAUGCAAUUCCGUGGUAUUCCCUAUGCGGAGGCACCCAUCGGAGAUUUGCGAUUUCGUGCACCUGUUGCUCGUUGGCCUUGGACUGGGACACACGACGCUUUGGACUUUGGACAACGUUGUCCGGUGAUAACCAAUUUGAACGCGGGGAUGCCAGACGCUCAGCUAGAGGAUUGUCUAAAUCUAUGCGUCUACACCAAGAGCCUGACGGCUCGCCAGCCGGUAAUGUUUUAUAUCUAUGGUGGUGGCUAUUAUAAUGGCUCAGCGGAAGACCAUCCGCCCAACUAUUUGCUGGAGCGUGAUAUCGUUUUGGUGGUGCCGCAUUAUCGCAUUGGCGCCCUCGGCUGGCUGUCCACAUACAGCGAGGAGCUGCCUGGCAAUGCGCCCAUUGCCGAUAUACUAUUAGCAUUGGACUGGGUGCAGCAGCACAUUCAUGUCUUUGGCGGCGAUCCCAGCCAGGUGACCAUAUUUGGCCAAAGCGCCGGAGCGGGAGUGACGAGCGCUUUACUCUUGAGUCCACGCUCCAGCGAUCAGCACUUUCAGCGUGCAAUUGUCCAGUCGGGUUCGAUAUUUGCCAGCUGGGCGAUAACAUCCGAUCCAGCUGGGCAGGCGCAUCGCAUCUGCGUUGAAUUGGGCUGUCAGCGCUGUGACGAGCAGCAGCAGCUAUUAGCUUGUGUGCGUGCAGCAUCUGUGCUGGAGCUGCUGCAGGCGACGAAAGCGGAAAGUUUUUCACCGCUUGUCGGUGAUCUGCUGGGCAUAUUGCCGGCACAACCCGAGCAGUUGCUCAAGAAUUAUCAGCGUGGUGUGCCGCUGCUGACGGGCUUCACCCAGCACGAUGGCUCCUUUGUGCUGGCCUCGUACUACGAUGGUGUGGUGGCCAAAGUGUCCAAUGUGAGCGCGUUGAGCGUACGUCAAUUCUCGCAGAGCAUGUUGGACAUGGCCCCGGAUGCGACGGGACUGACAGAUCAGCUACUUUAUCGUUUAAUGUACACGCCGCAGCUAUUAAACAGUCACGAUCACAAGGAAGCAUUGCCCGCCUACUUCGAUCUCACUUCGACGCUGACGAUAAAGUCACCAGUGAUCAGUCUGGCCAGCAAGCUGCACACACGCCAGCCAUCUGCUCCUGUCUAUGUCUACAGCUUUGAGUACGAGGGUCAAUAUACACGCUUUGGCUAUGAGUUCGGCAACGCGCAUUAUCCGUUCAAUGGUGGCGUCCAUCAUUCCAAUGAUAAUAUCUAUCUGUUUGCUACGCAUCCGCUGACGGGCCAGGAUACGCAGAUGGCUGAGCAAAUGGUCGAGCUGUGGACAUCGUUUGCCAUCAGUGGUGUGCCCAAGAAUCUGAGCGCUUUAGCCAGUCCUAGUGGACCAUAUAAUCGCCUGGCACUGCACAUAAGCCAGGCUGAUGAUUUGCUAGAGUCGCUGACAGCCACAAUUGAUGAUCCAGACAACGGACGCUUACAGCGUCCGCCUGUCGAGUUUUAAGAUAUAAAAAUACACUUUUCUUUGUAUAUAUCAAUACUACAUUGAUAGGAAACAAGAAACCAAAUGCGUUCUUGCUUUAAUUUAGCUGGCUUUUAAGAUGCUUGCGAAUAGUUCCUAUUUUUCCUUUUCAAUAUUUCCAACCAAAUGUAUUCUUAUAAAUUGUAUAGAAAUAAUAAAUAAAUAAAUGCUCACCUUG